UUUCCGACAACGUUGCGACUGAAACUGCUUUUUUGAUUAAAUUGGAUAAAUUUUUAUUUAAUUUGUAUUUUAUCAAAUAAUUAAAGGGAAUUAUUUUUAAAUUGUUCUACUAAGGCGUUGUUUUUUUUAUACGAAUAUCAACUUUGUUAUCUAAGAUUUUUCGCUCAAUCAAUCAAAUCAAAUGGUUUUUUUGUAAUUUAAUUUUAAAUUUACAGUAAAUGGUAUUGUAAAAAAGUGUAAUUCUGAAUAAAAUUCACUAAUUUUAGAGACGCAAUUUCGCAAAAUAAACAAGCACUAAAUAGUUAAAAAAUGUCUUCUUCAGUUGUUUACAUAUUGGAUCUUAAAGGCAAAGUACUGAUCUCUCGAAACUACCGUGGGGACAUAGACUCUAAUGUGAUUGACAAGUUCAUGCCACUUGUGAUGGAGAAGGAGGAGGAAGGCAAUGUGACACCCAUCAUUCAGCAUGGAAAUGUUUCCUUUGCCUACAUCAAAUACAACAAUUUGUAUUUGGUAUCUUUGACAAAGAAGAAUGCCAACAUUGUCAUGGUGUUCCAGUUCCUUCACAAGAUGGUUCAAGUAUUUCUGGAAUACUUCAAAGAGUUAGAGGAAGAGAGCAUCAGGGACAAUUUUGUCAUCAUUUACGAACUCCUCGAUGAGUUAAUGGAUUUUGGCUACCCGCAGACAACUGAUAGUAAAAUUCUGCAAGAGUACAUAACCCAGGAAGGUCACAAGUUGGAGAUAGCUCCUAAGCCCCCGAUGGCAGUGACCAAUGCAGUCUCCUGGAGGUCAGAGGGCAUCAAAUAUCGCAAGAAUGAAGUCUUCCUCGAUGUUGUCGAGUCCGUUAACUUAUUGGUAAGUGCCAAUGGUAACGUGCUGAGAAGUGAGAUAGUGGGGGCCAUCAAGAUGAGAGUCUACCUCUCCGGCAUGCCCGAACUCAGACUGGGCCUCAAUGAUAAAGUCCUUUUUGAGAGUACCGGCAGAGGCAAAAGCAAAUCAGUGGAGUUGGAAGACGUGAAGUUUCAUCAGUGCGUGCGGCUGUCGAGGUUCGAUAACGAUCGAACCAUCUCAUUCAUUCCUCCUGAUGGCGAGUUCGAACUCAUGUCCUACCGACUCAAUACUCAUGUGAAGCCGUUGAUAUGGGUGGAGUCAGUGAUUGAGAGGCACGCUCAUAGCAGGGUUGAGUAUAUGAUUAAGGCAAAAAGUCAAUUCAAGCGUCGAUCGACCGCAAACAACGUAGAGAUCAUAGUACCUGUGCCAGUAGAUGCCGACUCUCCGAAAUUCAAGACCACCUGUGGCAGUUGCAAAUAUUCCCCCGAGCAGAGUGCCGUCAUUUGGACUAUCAAGUCUUUUCCUGGAGGUAAAGAUUACCUGAUGAGAGCCCACUUCGGACUGCCCAGUGUGACGGCCGAGGAUUCGGAGGGCAAGCCACCGAUCCACGUUCACUUUGAGAUACCCUAUUUUACAGUUUCUGGUGUCCAAGUACGUUACCUGAAGAUCAUAGAGAAGAGUGGGUACCAGGCUCUGCCCUGGGUCAGGUACAUCACCCAGAAUGGGGACUACCAACUCAGGACCCAGUAACUAGUGUGAUUAGGGAUUAAAAAUAUAUUAUUAGUGAUUGAGGACGAUUUAAAGUGGAUCUUUGAUAAUAAUGAAAAGAUUAUAAAUGUAUAUUGUUCGCGAGCGUUGUCAAUGUUUACUUAACUAAUUAAUAUUUAUCAUUAGUAUAUUGUGAUAUUGAUUAACUUUUCACCUACCAGUUAUAUUUAUGAUAAACAUACACGUGUAUGUGUACGUGUAUGUGUACAUGUUAAACGCACACAUGUGUUUACUGCUAGCAUGUAUGUAUUGUGUAUUAUUAUUGUAUCAUUCCAAAUGUUAAUGAUGAUUAGAUUUAUUGUACAUUUAUACGUGCCCUGCACAUAUGUUUAUGUAUGUUUAGUGUAUACAUAUACAUGUGCGUGUGUGUGUGAGAUUGUGUAUGUGUGUAAGAAACACAAACUUGAAAGGAUUAAAUCAUGCACAACUUGUGUGGAUAGAAAAAUAAUUAAAUUGAUUUUUUUCAUCACAAUUGUUAUUAUUGUUGCUGUUAUUGUUGUUAUUAUUAUUGUUAUUUACAUCUAUAACUAAUUUUUUAUUAAUUAUUUUUAUUAUUAAUAUUAUUACGAAAAUUUCGUAAUAUUUUU